GGUGGCGGAAGAAGUUGUACAAUCAAGAAGUCAAGGAAGGAAGCUUGGAGUUUAAGACGCGUUGCAGAAAAAAUCGGGAAGGAAGCGACUCAAGAAAGAUAAGCCAAUCGAGUGGCUCGGGUGGGACAACGGGAACUGAAAGGAGCAUCGGACAACCACCAGUUCCUGCAAGAGUCCAUCCGAUGUUAGGAAAGACUUGUUACAAGUGCGGUGAGGCGGAUCAUUUCGCAAACGUCUGCGAAGAGUACCAGGAUGCGAAAGCAAAAGGGGUGGCAUUCGUUCCACCACCUCCUAGACCGCGCCAAGGGAGAACGACUACCAUACAGGAAGGGCAGCAGCAGAGUUUAGACAGUUCAGUGAACCGGAACGGGUCAACCUAUACCGACAGAUUAAUGAGGGAAUAUUUUCUGGAGUUAGCAGAAGAAAGACGAGCGAGAAAGGAACAAGAAGCCAGAGAGCAGGAGGAGAAACAGGCGGAAGAAGUACGCCUGAAGCGUGAGAGGGAGAGACUAGAACGAUUGGAGGAAAGGAAGAGAUACGAAGACCAACGAGACGCGAGAUUGCUGAGACUGGUGCGCGUCGAAUGGGGAGGAAGUACGAAGCAGGCGACUGAGAGAAAGGAGAGGAGGAAGGAGAAGGUGAAUGAGAGAGGUGAGACGGUUGAAGAGGAGAAGGAAAGACUGAGAAGGGAAAUCGCCAUGCAACCGAGCUCCGAGGAGGAAGGAGACACUGAGCUCCUACUAUUACGAAGGAGAGCGCCCAAAAUAAAUAUCAACGACAAAAGGAGGAGGGAUCCAGAGAAGGCUAUGGAGAAUAGCCCACCUUUGACGACGCCGAAGAAAGGCCAGAGGACUGGGCUUAUGGCAGAUGCCAGGGGCAUAAGGCCCGAAUUGGGAACCGAAGCAAAGAGUAAAAUCGAGGAGAUCAGGAGCAGCGAGGCAGAAAAAACCGUAUCUGCAUCCACCAUACUGGAACCUGUUGGGAAGCUGUCACUCAGUAUGAAACACGUGUCUGCACGAUGCGGACCAGGCGAUCGAGAGAGAUACAAAGAGGAGUGUCGCGAUCUUUUUGAAGCGCUGACGAUUGACGAACUAAAGGAAGCGUGCAGAAACGAGAGGAUCAGCUACACAAACAGAGACAUGCCGAUUAAACGAUUGGUAACUAGAAGGCGGUUGAAAGCGUACGAUCCCAUCAACCUGCCCUUACCUGAAUCACCGAGGGUUGUGCCAAAAAUACCGAAAUCGGUUAGAUCUCUUCAAUCCAAACCGAUCAUCAAAGUUGCCAAUGAAGAAAGUGAGUAUGAGGCGGAGGACGAAGAUUUGGACUGAUGUGUCGGGCGCGUGUGGAGAUAAAUUUGUACGCUUUGA